AUGAUCUAUGAAGUUGAGAUUGAGGGAACAGGUCUGACAUUGCCAUUUUCAAGUUACCGUCUCAAAAUAGAGAGACCUGUCUCGCAGCAGACGAUGUCUGGAACGCGUUUUGAAUCAAUAGAUGAAAAUGAUAUUGAUAAAUAUAUAAAUGAACAAGAGAACAAAAACACCUGGAGAAAAACUUCUGCUGACAUAAAUUUGCUAAAAUCGUUUCUUGAAACACAAAAUGAAAGCAGACCAAUAGAAGCAAUCCCUCAUUCUGAACUGAGUAACAUUUUGUGUAAAUUUUUCUUGAGUGUCCGCAAGCCUGAUGGCUCAAAUUAUGAACCAAACACAUUGCGAUCAUUUAUGAGCAGCUUUGAUAGAUAUUUACGUAAAAGGAAGUAUGGAUUUCAGAUUGUUUCAAGCAUCGAAUUUGUUAAAGUGCGCGAAGUUGUCAAAGCAAAACAGCGAAGUCUUAAAGGCGAGGGCAAAGGAAACCUGUCUAAAAAGGCAGAUCCAUUAACUGACAUAGAAAUAAAUAAACUGUGGGAAUGUGGUCUAUUAGGGGUUCAAACUUCUGAGAGUAUAUUAAAUUCACUUUGGCUAUUCAACACGAUUUAUUUUGGACUGAGGGGUUCAGAUGAACACAGAUCCAUGUCGUGGGGUGACAUUUGUUUACAAACCGACAUUUCUGGCGUUGAAUACCUAACAUUCAAUGAACGGCAAUCAAAAACAAGACAAGGGAUAAAUCCAAGGGAUGUUCGUGUAGUCAAACCCAAAAUGUGGGCAAAUACCGACGCGCCAGAUCGAUGCCCAGUUGCUAUUUACAAACUAUAUUCAGAAAAAAGACCCGAUGAUUUUUCAAAACCCGAUGAUCCAUUUUAUUUAGCAACACAUACCCAGCAACACGCUAUGUCAGUCAAAGAACAAUGGUUUAAGAGACAGCCAGUUGGCGUUAACAAAUUAGCAUCUUUAAUAAAAAGAAUGGCAAAUGCAGCUGGCAUUGGUGGAGACAAAAAACUCACUAACCACAGCGCUCGAAAACAUCUAGUGCAAAAAUUAAGCGAAAACAACGUACCUCCAAAUCAAAUCAUGCAGAUAACUGGCCAUAAAAACAUCCAAUCCAUUAACAAUUACAGCAGCAUCAAUGAAAAUUAA